GUAAGAGGAGCAAACGGCAUCCAACAUUGGAAUGAUGGACUCCGCUUACUUCAUCCGCUUUCCUGGAUCAACUCCACUCUCCAUCUCAGUAUCUCGAAAGUCGAAGAAGCAUGUACAGGCGCGGUCCAGUGCCAAUUGAUGGGUGCUGUUCAUCCUGGGAUGGUCCCGAUGCACAAGGUCAAUUUUGAUGCCAAGAAUGAGUACGGAAUGAUCCAGAACUACAAGGUCCUUCAAGAUGUCUUCAACAAGCUCAAAAUUACUAAGCAUAUUGAGGUGAGCAAACUGGUGAAAGGAAGGCCUCUGGAUAACCUGGAGUUUAUGCAGUGGAUGAAGCGCUACUGUGAUUCUGUAGGAGGAGGAGGAGCUGCACUCAAUUACAACGCUCUAGAGAGAAGAGAGGCCAGCAAGGGUGGAAAGGAAGUGAACAAGAAAUCUGCAGCAGCAUCACAACAAGUUUCGGCCAAGCCUUCCUCAGCUUCAACCAAGCAUCAUGUCCCACCCAAUGGCCGUAGGAAUGACGCUACCAAUACAAGCACCACAAAUCUUUCUUGAAAGACCUCUAGGCCAUCUUCAAGUGGAGGCCGCUCCGUCUACUCUGAAACAUAAAAGGCUGCACAUGAA